AUGGAGUUGUGGACGCUACUCGGGCUGUUGGCUACCAUCAGCCAUGUACAGGCGAAAGCCGUAUUCGCCCAUUUCAUGGUAGCGAAUGCAAUCAACUUCACGCAAGAAACAUGGGCCAACGACAUCUUCGCCGCGCAGGCCGCGCACAUCGACGCCUUCGCCCUGAACCUCGGCUACGGCCUGCACAACUACGACCUCAUCCUCAAUGACGCCUUCACCGUCGCCCAGCGGCACAACUUCAAGAUGUUCCUCUCCUUCGACAUGGGCCAGGGCCCCCAAUGGCCCACCGACGAGAUCGUCCACGUCAUCGACAACUACGCCACCGGCAGCGCAUACUACAAGCAUCACGACGACAAGCCGCUCUUCUCGACCUUCGAGGGCGGCCAGAAUGCCGACGUCUGGAAGGACGUCAGGCACAACGCGCAGUCGGACUUCUUCUUCAUCCCCGACUGGUCCUCGCUGGGGAUCGAGGCCGCAUCCAGCAGCCCCGUCAUCGACGGCCUGAUGAGUUGGCAUGCAUGGCCCGCCGGCGCACACGAUAUGAACACCACGCUGGACGAGGAGUACAUCGCGGCGCUGGACGGGCGGCCGUACAUCAUGCCGGUCUCGCCGUGGUUCUACACGAACCUGCCGGUGUUCCACAAGAACUGGGCCUGGCGCGGGGACGACCUCUGGUUCGACCGCUGGCAGCAGGUGCUCGAGCUGGCGCCCGAGUAUGUUGAGAUCAUCACCUGGAACGACUACGGCGAGUCGCACUACAUCGGCCCCAUGCACGAGGACGACCUGGGGAUUUUUGCGGUGGGGGAUGCGCCCUUCAACUAUGCCGAGGGGAUGCCGCAUGAUGGCUGGCGGGAGUUUCUGCCGUAUGUGAUUGAUUUGUAUAAGAGUGGGGGGCAGAAUGCGAGUUUUGACAAGGAGGGGGUGGUCUCGUGGUUCCGGCUCAAUCCGGGCUCUGCGUGUAUGAGUGGGAAGACCACGCCGGGGCAGCUGAGUGUCGAAGGGACGAACACGACCAGCCCGAGGACCAUCAUGCAGGAUAGGAUCUUCUACUCGGCGUUGCUGGAGUCGGCGGCCGACGUGACGGUGAGUAUUGGCGGGGCUAGCAAGACUGGCAGCUGGUCGGAUACGCCCAGUGGCCAGAAAGGGCUGUAUCAUGGAAGUGUACCCAUUGACGGGAUGACGGGGGAGGUCCAGGUGACGCUAUCACGGUCUGGCGAGCAGAUUGCCCAGAUAAAGGGCGAGGUCAUCACUACCGACUGCCGGAAGAAUCAUGGAUACAACAACUGGAAUGCGUGGGUGGGGAGUGCAAUGGGCGAGAAGAAUGUGACAGCUGAAAAGACUUCAUCUAAUGACAAGGAAAAUGGCUCGCAGAGGUCCAGACCGGUGAUGACAUUGUUGCUGGGCUUGGUCUUGUUGGCGCUGGUGUGA